AUGCGCCCUCAAAACAAGAGGCCUGCCAGUGCCCCUACACUCCCAGUUGCUACAGCAGUAGCCAAUGGAACUGUCUAUAAUGACAGGAUGAUCGCCAAUCCGCAUUCUACAAGAGAAGAGAAAAAGCUUCAGACCUGGUGGAGAGUUGCGAAUGCUGUGUUUCAUGAAAAGUUUGUCAAUCGAUUCUGCGAGCUUAACGAUAUCAUGAAGAGGAAAGACUACGAAGCCGCUCAUGGCGGAAAUCCCAUCAAAACCUUUUGGUUGGAAGUGUCGGAGUUCGUCAAUGAUACCCAGAACAAUCCGGUGUUGAGUGUGGUGCUGUACAGUGAUCCUGAUGUCUACAAAGACGGUGACUGCGAUCUCCGUCUUUCUGAGUGGGUGCUGGAAGAAGAGCCAAACCUGAAUGACUUCACUCCUCAGACCUUUGCUUCGUGCCAACAGCUGAUGAAUGAUGCCAUGAAGGCCAAGAGUAAAAUGCUUUGA